AAAAUAAUAAAAAAAAAAAGAAAAAGAAAAAGAAAAAAAAAACAUGUGAGGAGACCUGCCUGGAAAAACUGCUGAAUGGAAAGACUUGAGAACGGCUUAUAGAUAUUGAUGGCAGAUGAAGAAUUUUCAUGUCUUUUCAGAAAUGGUUAGCAGCCACUCAUAACAGUCCUGUGAUGUCACAGAAAUCUUGACUCCUGCUUCUCCUUCUCGUUCUCCUUUAAGCCCUUCCCUCCUCCUUUUCAUAUAGGACCUUAACACAAGAGGGUCAGGAAGAGAAGAGAAGGGUUGCUCACAGGAGGAAAGAAGGCAAAGGGUAGCUGUUACUUUACCUGGCGGGCCAUGUUUCGCUACGAAUCAGGUGGUGUGUUUGGAGGAGAUGCCACUCGGUAAGGGAGGCUUCUUGAGCACUCGACGACUCCUGGCAACUUAGAAUGUGGGACCGCUGGAAGGAAAAGCACCCCUGGAUGGGACGAAGGAAAGCAAUCUCCCGGGCAGGCCUCCAGCAUCUGGCUCCUGCACAUCCCCUCAGCCUUCCUGUGGCAAAUGGUCCAGCCAAGGAGCCCAGAGCGACUUUGGACUGGAGUGAGAAUGCCGUGAAUGGAGAACACCUGUGGCUGGAGACGAACGUCUCGGGAGACCUAUGCUACCUUGGAGAGGAGAACUGCCAAGUCAGAUUUGCAAAAUCAGCUCUCAGGAGGAAGUGUGCAGUCUGUAAAAUCGUCGUCCACACCGCCUGCAUUGAGCAGCUAGAAAAGAUUAAUUUCAGAUGUAAACCAACAUUUCGAGAAGGAGGCUCAAGGUCACCAAGAGAAAAUUUUGUACGUCAUCACUGGGUGCACAGGCGUCGGCAGGAGGGGAAAUGUAAGCAGUGUGGUAAGGGCUUCCAGCAAAAGUUCUCCUUCCACAGUAAAGAGAUUGUGGCUAUCAGCUGUUCCUGGUGCAAGCAGGCGUUUCACAAUAAGGUGACCUGCUUCAUGCUGCAUCACAUUGAAGAACCCUGCUCCCUGGGGGCUCAUGCUGCUGUUAUUGUCCCACCCACUUGGAUCAUUAAGGUGAAGAAACCUCAGGUGAUCUCCAUACCAGGAGAUGAACUUGAACUUGGUUGGGCGGGAGACGAACCUGGUUGGGCGGGAGACUGGAGCCCCUCAGAGAAUUUGGGAUUCUUCCAUUUUUACUGGGAGGGUUGGCAGAACUCACUGAAGGCUUCAAAUCGGAAGAAGAAGAGAACAAGCUUUAAAAGAAAAGCCAGUAAAAGAGGGAUGGAACAGGAAAACAAAGGUCGUCCUUUUGUGAUAAAACCCAUCUCUUCUCCUCUCAUGAAACCCUUGCUUGUAUUUGUGAAUCCCAAGAGUGGAGGCAACCAGGGAACCAAAGUCCUGCAGAUGUUCAUGUGGUACCUGAAUCCACGGCAAGUCUUUGAUCUUUCUCAGGAAGGGCCAAAAGAUGCGCUUGAAUUGUAUAGGAAAGUACCAAAUCUGCGAAUUCUGGCCUGUGGUGGGGAUGGAACGGUGGGCUGGAUCCUUUCUAUCCUGGAUGAACUGCAGCUGAGCCCUCAGCCUCCCGUGGGGGUCCUUCCUCUGGGGACUGGGAAUGACCUGGCUCGAACUCUCAACUGGGGAGGGGGCUACACUGAUGAGCCUGUUUCUAAGAUCCUGUGCCAAGUGGAAGAUGGGACAAUUGUACAGCUAGAUCGCUGGAACCUCCAUGUGGAAAGAAACCCCGACUUGCCUCCAGAAGAACUUGAAGAUGGCGUAUGUAAGCUCCCUCUGAAUGUUUUCAAUAACUACUUCAGCCUUGGAUUUGAUGCUCAUGUCACACUGGAGUUCCAUGAAUCCAGAGAAGCAAAUCCAGAGAAAUUCAACAGUCGUUUUCGAAAUAAAAUGUUCUAUGCAGGGGCAGCUUUUUCUGACUUCCUACAGAGAAGUUCUAGAGAUCUGUCCAAACAUGUUAAAGUUGUUUGUGAUGGAACAGAUCUCACCCCAAAGAUUCAGGAACUGAAGUUCCAGUGUAUAGUAUUUUUAAAUAUACCCAGAUAUUGUGCUGGCACAAUGCCCUGGGGAAACCCAGGAGAUCACCACGAUUUCGAACCUCAGCGUCAUGAUGAUGGUUAUAUUGAAGUCAUUGGAUUUACCAUGGCCUCUUUGGCAGCCUUGCAAGUUGGGGGCCAUGGAGAGAGGCUACACCAGUGUCGAGAAGUCAUGCUUCUAACUUACAAAUCCAUCCCCAUGCAAGUGGAUGGGGAGCCCUGUAGGUUGGCCCCAGCUAUGAUUCGGAUCUCCCUGAGGAAUCAGGCCAACAUGGUACAGAAGAGCAAGAGGAGAACAUCCAUGCCUUUACUUAAUGAUAUUCACCAGGUGCAAACUGCGGACCUGCGGCGAGUGUCUGCUCCCCCCGGCUCCUUCACCAUUCCCCAGUCUGUCCCAGAUCGUCUGAGGAUCCGGGUGAACAAAAUCAGUUUGCAAGACUAUGAAGGAUUCCACUAUGACAAGGAGAAACUCCGGGAAGCUUCUAUUUCAGACUGGUUAAGAACCAUUGCUGGGGAACUAGUGCAGUCAUUUGGAGCAAUACCUCUGGGUAUUCUAGUUGUGCGUGGAGACUGUGAUUUGGAGACUUGCCGUAUGUACAUAGACCGCCUACAGGAGGACCUACAGUCAGUUUCUUCUGGCUCCCAGAGAGUUCAUUACCAGGACCAUGAAACCUCCUUCCCCAGGGCUCUCUCAGCACAGAGGCUCUCCCCUCGGUGGUGCUUCCUAGAUGCAACUUCUGCUGAUCGCUUUUAUCGAAUAGACAGAUCUCAGGAACAUUUGCACUUUGUGAUGGAGAUUUCCCAAGAUGAGAUUUUUAUUCUGGACCCAGAUAUGGUGGUGUCACAGCCAGCGGGGACACCUCCGGGCAUGCCUGACCUGGUGGUGGAGCAAGCCUCGGGGAUCUCAGACUGGUGGAAUCCUGCCCUGCGGAAACGCAUGCUGAGUGACAGUGGGCUGGGGAUGAUAGCUCCCUAUUAUGAGGACUCAGAUCUGAAAGAUCUCAGCCACUCCCGCGUGCUACAGUCACCAGUCUCUUCAGAAGAUCAUGCAAUUUUGCAGGCAGUAAUAGCUGGUGAUCUUAUGAAGCUAAUAGAAAGCUAUAAAAAUGGAGGCAGUCUGCUAAUUCAGGGACCAGACCACUGUUCACUCCUUCACUACGCAGCUAAAACCGGCAACGGGGAGAUUGUGAAAUAUAUCCUUGACCACGGACCUUCCGAGUUAUUGGAUAUGGCAGACAGUGAAACGGGUGAGACUGCACUGCACAAGGCUGCCUGCCAGCGGAACCGGGCUGUGUGCCAGCUUCUGGUGGAUGCAGGAGCAUCUCUGAGAAAGACGGACUCCAAGGGUAAGACACCUCAAGAGAGAGCACAGCAGGCUGGGGACCCAGACUUGGCUGCUUACCUAGAAAGCCGUCAGAACUAUAAGGUCAUUGGCCAUGAGGACCUGGAAACUGCUGUUUGACCCUGGUAUUCAGGCAAAGAGAACGUGAGCAAGCGUAUCACAUCUGCCCUCCCUGCGAUUGGGCAGCUCCCCUGGAAGAAGCUGAUGGAAUUCAUAUAUCUGUCUCUCUCCUGCAAGAAUCUACCUGAGACCAUGCCACUCGUUUUUAAGGGCUACCAAGAUGUACAACAGAACAUGAUAGCCCAUUGAGAAGGAGGCAGGAUACCUGGAGAUUUGUGGAAUACAGUACGAGUUCCACAAAAUUUGAUCCUUAUUGCUUCCAGCAAGUAGCAUGAACUUCUGUGUUCACCUGUAUAAUUUAUUUUAAAGAUUCAAAGGAUGUUCGUAUAAACGGCACUGCUCCAUCCUCCCCCAUGCAUUGAUUUUUUUUUCCCUGUACCAUACAAUUCUACUGUAACUACCCAUUAACUUUAAAAAAAUAUAUUAUCUCUUCUCUUUACAUUCAGUCUUGGAAGACCACAAGAUUGUCUGAAGGCCUUCUAAAACCCUCUGAAUGUCCUGCAGAAAUAUAACUGUAAAACCACUUCCAUUUCCAAGACUAAAUAUAUCAAGACUAUUUAGUGACUCUCUCUGCAUGUCCCCACCACCCCCCAACCCUCCGUUUCAUUAUAUAGGAGCUGGGAAGUGCCACAUGGAUAAUGUCAACUUGUGUGCUAUAUUUUUGAGGAAUGGUGAGGUGGCAUGGGAGAUGUCUGUGCUUGGAGGUACCUCAGAGAGGUAACCCAGGGGUCAGCCCAGGCUGCUGGGCUGUAGCCAAUAGCCAUGCAGGACUGGUUCAGCUUGGGCUGUCUGUACAGCUCCGUACUGCCUAUGUGUAGCCAUCUUUGCCUUUUGCUGCAAUAGAAGAUGAGCAAAGGAUUAAACAGAGGCCCACAGCUAGUCUGCAGAACCACUCAAUUUUAAGUGCUGUUUAAAUUGCAGAGGAGAUAAUCAUGUGUGGGAACUGUGGUUACAGGAAAUGGAGCACUCUAACAAUGUUUACUUCUAAACUUUGUUGAGUGAUAAUAGAAAGCACCCUAAUUGACUUGAAAAAAACAAAAGCAAAAGCAAAAGUAGCAACAUAUGUCAACAUAUGUCACUGAAGUAGAAAACAGUCAUUGGGAUGUUGCACAAAGGCUAAUAACUAUAGACUGUUGGAUACAGUGGUGAGAGGAGCCCCAUUUUAGGUCUUUCUUUUAGGUUUUUGGUUUUUAUUACUCCAAGUAAUCCUUGACCCAAGGACAAAGGUUUAUUGUAUGAGUUCCACUGCCAGAUUUAUGGGAUGCCCAGAUCAUUCAGAAGGAUGCUUCAACUAUUAUUUGUCAGGUCCAAAGGUCGUACUUGAUAACCCCAUUUUCUAUGCAUGGGGUAGUCUAAUAUAUUAUUUUAUCUACUUUAUUUUCCCCUUUCAGAAAGUCCUUAGUGCAAACUACCAUGGGAAUCUAGCCAGAAAUGUCUGUCGGAUAGUUAGAAUUGUAACAUCUAAACCUGCCACGGAUCAAAUGGUACUUACAGGUACCUCUGUUAGGGACUCUGUGACACCUAAAAUAUCAAAAGAAAAUGUCUGUCUUUCUGUCCGAAUAUCUACUUGACUUGGGGUAAGUCACAAAUAAAAGUGGGCGUCCAAGGAUUUUGCUUUUGGCGAAAUCUGAUGUGUCCUGAGCUUAUUUUCAUUUUGUCCUUGGACACAGCAUAGUGCUUCCCUAAUGUUUCUACAUAUGACCAUGAAUGAUAGUGUCUCUACAUUUAAUUUAAAGGUCUAAUGGUGACAUUUUGCUUAUCUGAGUCACAUUUCGGUAACAUAUCAUCAUUUUGAAAGUACGGCUAUGAUGUGCUAUAUUAAAUAAGAACAGCCUUUCAGUGGAUGGGGAUUUUAUUACCACAGUCUCUCCAUAGUCAUUUCAAAAUCAAAUUGUUGGUGGGAGGAUGGAUUAGGUUGUGAGUAAUCUACUUCCAUAUAUCAGCCUCAGAAAUGGAACUAUCCUUUGGAUGUUACAGGAGACACUGCAGCAGAUUGUUUCCAGAAGCUGGAAAAAUAUGCUCCAGGAGAAUUUAAUCAUUGGGCUUUGCUGGGGGAUUUUUAGUUGGUGGGACUUUCAAGGAAAUGUGAUGACAGAAAUAUAAUCCUUAAAGCAAACUGGAAUCUGGCUUUGAAUGGCAUCUUCCAUUCCCUGGUUUGGGCCAAAUGUUUGGCCAGUCAGUUAUCUAGCUGUUACUGCUGGGAUGAAGAACUCUGUUUUCAUCAACUACUGUCUCACAUUUCUCUGUAAAUACUUCCAAGUAGCCCAGAGAAAAUUAAGGGUACAGGUGGCUAUGGGCCAAUUUCUAAAUAGCUCCUAUUGAAGACAUAAAUCUGUGGUAUGGAAAAUGAUGAGUUAGUACUAUAAGAUUCCUGAUGCAUUUGGAAAUUGUUUCAAACCAAAAAAAAAAAAAAAAAAAAAAAAGGCUUUAGAGUCCUGUGUUAUUCAUGGAGACCAAUAUUUGAUAUAUCGCUUUGAAAAAAGCAAGUACCACUAGGACUUGGGAUUUCCAAAUUAAAGUGAGCAGAAUAACCACACGUUUAAUGGCUUCAACAUUAAACCACUUCCUGUAGCAUGUUUUAAAAAUUGGUCCUGGGCUUUAAAAAGAGCUAAGGCCUUAUGGUCUAGGAGUUUCCAUCUCAGCUUAAGUAUACUGUAUCCCUACUAAUAGGCUAUCAGGAAGUAGAAAAGUAAGUGAUCUAGUCCUGGUCUGAAGAGCCACAUAACUUUAACAGAGAUAAAAAUAUGCGCCUAUAGAAAUAUCAUUUCUACAAAGCCUACUGAGGCAGCACUGAAGAGGCAGCUAGCUUGGCUGACUCCUCUGUGUUUGUUUCUUUGUGUCAUGGCACUGACUGCUUCGAGAUUCCAUUUUUAGAUGAGGUUGAUAGAGGAAUGGAAAAUGAAGAGUUAUUAAAAGACAACAUUCUAUAACCUGAAAGGUAGUCAUUUUUGCAAGCUUAUAUUUUAAUAUUGUGCAUUUAACAAAAUAGAACACAGUCAUAUUCAAGGACUUCAUAAAGAAUAAGAGAGAAGAUUAGUAAGCCAAGAAUGAAAUAAAUACCAUGACAGGAAUUUUGCUUUCAGAGUUUAUGUUUCCUCUGUAGAUGUGAUAACCAAAGACCAAUGCAAGUUUUGAAACAGAAUUUAGCUGGCAAAUGGACAGUGAUGGAAAUUAGUAAUGACUGAUGGAAAGCCGUACAUACCUGUUGCUCCAUAUCCUUUCAGAAUGGCCACUUUGGCAGAUCUACCUGCGCUAGGAGCUCCUCAACAUCACUUCAUUUUCAUUUGGACCUCGUGAGAGUCCCUUUGCCUAACAAAUUUCUGAAAUUUAUUUAUUUACUAGAACCCUCAUAAUAUUCAUGACUUAAAAAACAUAACACAGCAUCUUUAUUUUUAUUACAUGUCAAUUUUAUUAAUAAUAUUUAGGGGUUUUUUAGUUGUAAAAAUGGCACAUGCUUUUUAUAAAAUGUUUUAAUACCACAGAUGAGUAUCACAUCCACCGUCAAGGCAUCCCUUUGUUCUGGUGUUGUGUCCCACUUCCCAAAAAUGAAUGCUGAUGAACACUGUUGCUUAUACCUGAUGUCAGAAAUACUCCAUUCAUACACAAGCAUGUAUGUAUAUAUGCAUAUACAUUUACACACAUAUGUAGACAUUUAUUUAUAUACACAUACAAGUAUGUAUACUAUAUUCAUGUAUAUUGCAUAGGUUUAGAAAAGAGCAAACAUUUUAAAAGCAUGCUGAUCAUUUGUAUAUGUGUAGUGAACACCAAUAGGCAAAGACAGGUUAAACAGAGAAUUUCCAUUUUUUGUUUGUUUGUUUGUUUCCACCAUUGCUAGGCUUAGAUCUGUCUUGGCAUUACUACAAUUGCACUUGCCAUUUUCUAUUACCUGUGUCAUAAAAUUCAUGACCAAGAGUUCCUGUAAUUGUUUAUGUUGCCUUCCUUGAAGCAUAAAACCUACCAUAGCCCAAGACUUAUCUAUGCUACGUUUGGAUUUCAAGUAAAGGAGAGUUCUUUCCUCUGUGAUGCUUACACCACUUUACAAGGCUGUUUGUAACACUAACACUCAGUAGGUUGCCUAAUGAUAUUUAAUUAGGGCAGGCUACUGCCAGGAAGGUGUAGUAACUUCAGUGUAGCAUGGGGUCUGAGCAGCUUGUCUUCCUUCCAGAAGGAGUAGCUAAUGAAAUCACUGAGAACAGCAUGAUAGUUUAUUCAAUGAUGCUAUUUAAAAAUGGGACUUUGUUAAAAGGGCUCAUCAUAACCAUCAAAUAAAACUACUAAUUGCUCUAUUUAAA